CAGCUGUUUCGCGUUUGCUAAGUGGUCACACUGUUUUGAAACUUGAUUAUUUAAUAAACAUUUGCAAUUGAUUUUAUGAAAUAAAACCCGACCGCCCAAAUGAGACACGUGCAAUUUCUGGCCCGCACCGUUUUGGUGCAAAACAAUAAUGUGGAGGAGGCGUGUCGUCUGUUGAAUCGCGUUUUGGGCAAAGAGGAACUUCUCGACCAAUUCCGCCGCACGCGAUUCUACGAAAAGCCCUAUCAGGUCCGUCGCCGAAUCAAUUUCGAGAAGUGCAAGGCCAUCUACAAUGAGGACAUGAACCGAAAAAUUCAGUUUGUGUUGCGCAAAAAUCGCACCGAACCCUUUCCCGGAUGCAGUUAGUCGCUUGUUAUUGUCUUUAUUCGGUAAUAAAAUGUAAGAAAUGAAAA